CCUAAUUUAGCGGGUGUUUAUAGUUUAGCGGGUUUGCGCGGGUAAAUCAAAUGAUUUUUAAAUUGCACGUGGUUAGUCGAGGUUUCAUUAAAUUUCAUCAUUUUCAUGCGAAGCAGUUGAUUUCUAAACGGUUCUUUUCUUUUAAAACAUCGAUGGAAGGCUACACAAAGCUUCGUAUUAUUGGCACGGGUUCUUUUGGUACCGUCUGGCUCAUUCGCUCGAAAGAAAAGCGCAGAAAUUACGUUUUAAAAGAGAUUUCAUUAUCGGUUGUUGAAGAGCGACAACGCAGCUUCGUUCUGAACGAAGUAAAGGUUCUUUCUCAGCUCAGACAUAUGAACAUUAUUCGGUAUAAAGAAGCGUUUUUAAGCAACGGAUUUUUGUGUAUCUCUAUGGAAUAUGCCGAUGAAGGUCUGUGCUUUCAAGUUUGUACUAGAUUUGUACUAAAUUUUGUAGUAUAAACAGGGACGCCGGAACUGGGGGGGCAGGGGGGGCGGCUGCCCCCCUUGCCUUUUGCUAGGGGGGGCAGGGGGGGCAGAAGUGCCCUUUUAGUUGUAAAAUAAUACGUGAUAAAUCACAUUUCCAACGAUGCUUUUUGUAGGAAAAUCACGAGAUUCAGGUAAUUUAUAGUUUAUAUUUAUAAAAAUUUUGGGAAAUUUUUGGAAUUUAGAAAAAUAUUUUGAAGAAAUGGCGAAAAUUUAAGAUAUCCGGAAAAAUUUUUGGCUUCAUGGAAAAUUUUUGUAUGUCCGGAAAAAAUUUUUGACCCCUAAAAUGGCACACUGACCGAAAUUUUUUUGGCGACGGUCGCCAAAAAAUUUUGAAGUUAAAAAAAAAAUUUCAGUUAAGGUGCCCUUGGAGUGCUUCCGCCCCCCUUUGCCCUAUUAUCGUUCCGGCGUCCCUGAGUAUAAAGUACUAUUAAAAGUUUGGCUAUUGAAAUUUGACUGUACAUUUAAAACGUGAUUCUGUUUACCAAAUGCCUUUAUAAAGGAUGUUUUAACAGUGUUAUAUACCAAGUAAUAACAUCGAACCGUAUAUGAUUUAUACUAAUACCUAGCAAGUCUAAUGCCUGUAAUAUAUACAGGAUACUAAAAGAACAAGGAUGGAUAUUUAAUAAAAACUUUGUCAAAGUGUUCAUAACAACAGCGCUUUAUUGGACAAUCACUGAAUAAAACAGCUUGGUUUCUCUUUGAUAGGAGAUUUGUCAGACAGAAUUCUGAAGCAACAUGGAGAGAUGCUUCCAAAAGAGCAAAUCAUCGACUGGUUCAUUCAAUUAUGUUUGGCUCUUAAGUAUAUACACGGAAUGAACAUCUUACAUAGAGGUAUACUUGCCAUAUGAAAACAUCCGGCUAUUAUAUUUUGGCCCAAAUACCUAUAGGAAACUUUUUCCUAUUAGGUUUAACCCAUGCAAUGUGCCCCAUUACGCCCCAAGACGUGGACGUUUCACUUGUUUUUUUUCAGGUAGUUGAAUCUAAUUUAAUUUUUCCUCGUUCAGAUAUCAAGUGCCAAAACAUUUUCAUAUCGAAAGAGAAUGUCAUAAAACUCGGUGAUUUUGGCAUUGCGUGUGUUCUCCAGAAUACCCU